AGGUUCAAUCGUUGCUUUUGUCGCGUUCAAUCCACUUUCAUAUUUCCUCUUCUUCUUUCAUUUUGCUUCUCAUUCUGCCAGAGAAGAGUUAGAAGGACUUGAAAAGUAAUCGGCGAAGGGUGAGUAAUGGCGCUACCCAAGGCUAAGGAAAUUAUAGCUACCAAUCCCGUCGUUGUCUUCAGCAAGUCAUACUGUCCCUUCUGCGUGAGCGUGAAGAAAUUGUUGACGGAGAUUGGUGCUUCCUUCAAGGCUAUUGAACUGGACACAGAGAGUGAUGGGAGUGAUAUACAAUCUGCACUGGCUGAAUUGUCUGGACAACGCACCGUGCCCAAUGUCUUUAUUAGUGGCAAGCAUAUUGGUGGCUGCGAUGCAACAACUGCUAUGCACAAGGGUGGAAAUCUUGUCCCGCUGCUAACUGAAGCUGGAGCGCUUGCCACAUCUUCUGCUUAAAGGACUUUAGAAUUGCCUUCCUGCUAAAGGCGUUGAACAAUUAUAUUUCUCCUUUUCUUUUGGUUCUAUCUUUGCUAUUGACUCUUCUGAAGUCUCUCCAAAUUGUUAAGAAGUUGUGAAUUGAUAUGAUGUCUAAUGUGGAUAAUAUAAGAAUAUCCGAAUACAUAAUUCAUUAGGCGAA